UUGACGUCACGGGAUCGGGGCGGGGUCUGGCCGCGGUUGCUGUUCUCAGUGCUGAUUCUAGUCGGCUCGGUUAGGUUGACUGCGGGAGUUGAAGCAGAGGCUGACCAGAGAACUCGUUCAACCACCUUCACCCCGUUCAUUCUCCCUGCUAAAUAAAAUAAAAUAAAAACACCACAAUGGAUUGUUAGCGAAAGUGUGCAAUGGAUCAUCAAGAAUAAUGGAUUCGCUUGCCUGCAUUAUCCUGUUCCUUUCGGCUUUUCAUACCCAUUCUUCCGCCACUACCGACAGCAAAUUCGGUUGCUUGUUUGAGGAUGAGCUGUGCACACCCUAUGAGAUCUGUGUAAAUGAUUGGUUGUUCGGCAGGUGCCAGCGGGUUCCAGUGAUAGACGUAUACAGAUACGAAGUUUCACCUCCUGUUCUGCAGAGCCUCAGGAGCCUCCUGCUCAAGCUGUCUCACAGAGGUCUGACUUGGCAAGAUGACACAACCCAGCAGGUGAUUUCUAAAGAACUAUCCAAACUCCGAAAGAUCUAUCACAGGCGUCCCGAGUCCAGCUCCACAGACAGCAACAGCCAGCCCUGGGCUGGAGGUCAAGGUGUUGACAGUGAAAGAAGUGAUGGAAAGAAUGGAGAAGCUAACCUGGAGAGGUCUUUGCAGCAGUACCUUCAGUAUCUGGGGUUUGUACCCCAGUCAGCAGCACAGACCAAUCAGAAGGUUAAGAACAAGAAACCUCCCCUCAAGAGUGACGCAAUCCAGGCCAACCGUUUGAUUGAUUACAUCCGUCAGAAAUCCAUGACAAGAGGAAAGGCUCCUCAAUCCAUCUUCUCUCUUGCACCAUCUCUUCAGACACAGUAUCCUGAAUAUACCGCCCCACCAAGGUCCUUUGUUCCCUUCCACCUUGAUAGAGCCCCAGCCCAGGUAGAAGCAGUGGACUUCCCCAGCAAGCAGUCCGUAGCCAGCAAGGCUCUCCUCUCCACCUUAGAGGGGUACCUGGCAAAGAAGAUAGCAGCUCAACAGUCACACAGCGCUGCCUCUGAUGAGCAGCCCAAGGGCCCACUCAUUUACAACAGCAGGCUGAGUCAGCCUACGACCAGCCAAGUAGACAGCCUGAGCCUGAGUGAAGACGUGGAAAGCUACAAGGGCAAGAAACCACUUCAACCAAAACCUGACAGCCGGCCUCAGAGACCCCCAUCUGAUAGGCUGACCUACAAGACUGGCUUGAAACAAGAAGCUGCCAAGGAUCCCCUCAGCUUCAUGGAUGAAAGCUUCAUUGAGAAUGUGGUGAAGCAGCUGGGGAAGCACAGUGUCAGCAUGGACGGGCUGAGCCCCAAGGAACUGGACCAGCUGGCGGACGUGAUCGCUGACGCCCUGCAAGUCGUGGACCAGGGCGACACAAACCCACAGGAGAUGAAGAGAGUGUCUGCUCCCGGGAUGGAGGAGUAUGAGAAUGACAUGAUCGGGGAAGACGACAUGAUGCAAGAGAGGCAGUUAGAAGAAAAUAACCAAGUUCCAACUGAAAAGGACAAGAGCUUAGUUGCAAAGCUGAUUGAGUAUCUGGACCAGACCCCCAGCACCGAAGCCUCAGAGCUGGAUGCUGUGUUGACGGAAAGCCAAGGCAAGGAGACAGAGAGAUUGGAAAAUUCGGGUGAAUCCGUCAUCGAGAAGAAAGAAAUCGGGGUGGAAAAUGUGAGGAGCAAAACCACCUUGAAGUAUCUGGAGAAGAAAGAAGAGGGAGAGGAGGACUCCGAGGAGGCGGCUGAACUGCAGAGCUGGAUUCAUGACACUGUGCAGCCAGCCAGUUCCAUCUACGUCAAGCCCCACAAGAAAGACAUGAAGUUUGAGGAGGAGCUGCGACUCGAUGUGGAAUCUGGAGGCGAGGAACAGUAUGGUUACAUCGUGACAGACAAAGAAUCUCUUGACACAGACACGGGCCUGCACUUGAUAGAGGUUUUGGCUCAUCACCUGAAGCUACAGAUGAAGGAUUUCAUCGAUGUUGAGGUGCUGGGCUCCGCCGUGACCUUCAUAGUGAGCUCAAACUCACAGAACCUCACCACCGCAGAUGUGGCCAAUGCAGCAGUGGCACAGAAGGAGAAGAUUGAAAAGGAGACUGGAGUGAAAAUUCUGCAAGCUGGAAUGGGAGAUAAGAGCACAUUGAAGUUGCUGCCCCUCAGAUCAGAGAAGGAGGACUCUACAAAGUUCUUCGUUCUCACAGUUAUCACGAUUGUUUGCAUCGUUGGAAUCCUCGUGGGUUCUGGAGUUGUGUAUUGCCUGCGCCAUCGCUCUCACCACAAGCUGAAGGAAAAGCUCACCAGGCUGGGGAGCGACGCUGGCUCAGAUGCCACUGCCGCCUAUCAGGAGCUGUGCAGGCAGCGUAUGGCAGUGAAGACGGCAGAUCGUCCGGAGCCCCACCACACCUCCCGCAUCAACAGCGCCUCAUCCCAGUUCAGUGAUGGGCCGAUACCGAGUCCCACAGCACGCAGCAGCACCUCCUCCUGGUCUGAGGAGCCGGUGCAGUCCAACAUGAACAUCUCUACCGGGCACAUGGUUCUGUCUUACAUGGAGGACCACUUGAAGAACAAGAAUCGCCUGGAGAAGGAGUGGGAGGCGCUGUGUGCUUAUCAAGCAGAGCCGAACGUCGCCACAGUCGCACAAAGGGCCGAGAAUGCUAAGAAGAACCGCACUGACAAAGUGCCUGUCUAUGAUCACUCCAGAAUAACCUUGAAGGUUGAAAAUAACCGUGGCAAUUCAGAUUACAUCAAUGCAAGUCCAAUUAUGGACCAUGAUCCCAAGAGCCCUGCAUACAUUGCUACUCAAGGCCCACUGCCUUCUACUGUCGCAGAUUUCUGGCAGAUGGUCUGGGAGAACGGCUGUGUCGUUAUUGUGAUGCUGACACCACUGACUGAAAAUGGAGUCAAACAGUGCUACCACUACUGGCCAGAUGAGGGUUCAAACCUCUACAAUAUUUACGAGGUAAAUCUUGUAUCUGAGCACAUCUGGUGUGAGGAUUUCCUGGUGCGAAGCUUCUAUCUGAAGAACCUGCAAACGAACGAGACACGCACGGUGACACAGUUCCACUUCCUCAGCUGGAUGAACCAGAGCGUCCCCGAGUCCACCAGGUCCCUCCUGGACUUCCGCAGAAAAGUAAACAAGUGCUACCGGGGACGCUCCUGUCCAGUAAUUGUCCACUGCAGUGAUGGCGCAGGAAGAAGUGGGACGUACAUUCUGAUUGACAUGGUUCUCAAUAAGAUGGCUAAAGGUGCUAAAGAGAUUGAUAUUGCUGCUACACUGGAGCACUUGAGGGACCAAAGACCAGGCAUGGUCCAAACAAAGGAGCAGUUUGAGUUUGCAUUGACAGCCGUUGCAGAGGAGGUGAAUGCGAUACUCAAAGCUCUUCCACAGUGAGAGUUCAGAGCUGCUUCAGAUACUCACAGCUCUUCCGCAGUGAGAGAUCAGAGCUGCUUCGGCUCCCAGAGGAUUCUUCUUUAGGUUCUGUAUCCUGUCAGUCGAUGUUGUACGAAAAACCGGGACCUGAUCUCUUAACUGUGUAUCUUUUUAUUGUAAUCUGUUAAAAAAAAAAAAAAAAAAAAAUACUCAAAAUGGUUCAACAGAUGUUUUUUUUUUUUUAUUUUAUUUUUUUUUUUGUUUUUUUUUAAAUAAUAAAUUAACAGAUCUAAAAUUGGUUUAGCUACGUCUGCCUGCUGUGGAUCAGUUCAAUAAAUGAAUAGGGCAUUUUAGUGAUAUUUCCAAGAGCUUGGCCCCAUUGAAUUCCAUUAUAUUCUGGCCAGGGCAUUUCAAUGUGGUGAGGAUGCAAAACACAUAGGCCUCUUUUAAUGCCUUUUCAUAAAAAAUACAUUAACAUUCUGCCAUUGCAGUGAUUAAAACUCAAUAAUAAUAAUAAUAAUAAUAAUAAUAAUAAUAAUAAAUAAUAAUACAAAAUUCAUUGUGAAAGCUUGAUCUGAUCCACACUUGAAACUUCAUUAUUCUGACCUAUUUAAAUUAUAAUGGAUAUCAGUAAAAAUAUUGGUAGAAAUCCAAAGUGUUUGGUUUUACUAAAUUUAUUAUUAACUACAGUUGCAGAAAGUGGUGUUAAUAGCAAUUAAAGAAUAGUCUUUGUCUGUAUAUAGUCUAGUAAUGUAAGACUGAUCAUGUAGCUUCACCAUGUAACAGUUUCGUUCUCAGAGCUGCACAAGACUGCUCACAGUGCCCUGCUUUUGAUUUAUAAACUGGUUGUGUGUUGUGUUUUCAUUUGUGAAAUGUUAAGUAUUAUAAUUUGCUUACCAUUAUGUAACCCUCUAUUUUAAUAAGGCUGUUGAAGCUGCAGCCUCCUGCAUCGUUAUGUAUGUGUGCUUUUAUUCUUUUAUGUCGUUGACAAAGCCUUCUAGGGUCACUGUAAAAGUAAAUCUUUGUCACAGUAACCAGCUGGCGAUUCGUUAUGAUUGGGGUAACUUUUCUUUGUCACUGUAGUUUCAGCAAGGCCAGUGAUUAGGUUGUUAAAACAAGUCUAACCUCUGUGUGAACACACUAAUAAAAGA